CUUUAUCCCACUGCAGGGCUGAAGCCUAUUGGCUGUCCAGUUGACCAGUCGGACAGCCACCUCGGAAGGGCACGCGGUGUAUCUGGCCGACCGGCAGGCAGAGAAAAUGCAACAGGCCGGAGAGCGGGGAAGGGGAGGCGGUGUGGGGCAGUAAGAACAUGGUUCGAAAACGACAAACCCGAUAGGUUCAUAGGUAAUAUUCAUUUUUUUUAAAAAAACCAUUUAGGCAUGGGGAUUUUUAACCAAAAAGUUUCAAAUAGGAAAUUUACAAAUGCCUCACAGACGAUGACAAUCUCUUCCCCUUGUGAGAUGCUCUCGAAAGGUUUAUAAAGCCGUGAGAUACACCCAUGCAGUGAUCGUCGUUUCCGACGCUGUUCACGUGAGCUAUACAGCGAGCAGAGAGCAAGCGCAGUGACUUAUGCGUGAAUUAGUUUAUAGUGAUAGUAGACCUCCGCAGCAUCUACCGCAUUCUCCUCCUCCUCCUCCUCCUCCUCCUAAUCCUCCUCCUCCUUCUCCUCCUCCUUCUCCUCCUCCUCAUCCUCCUCCCCCUUCUCCUUUUCCUCCCCAACUUAGGCCCGGUGUCAAGACAUAGUCAAGAAGACCGGAGGCGGGCGAGGGGGCAUGUGAAUUGCGGGGAGAGCCCGCGCCUUGGCGUUCCACUCCACACCACCUGAUCCACACAGCAAAUGGCCGGGUUUUUUUAACUACCACAGCAAUGGAGAGGGCUGCCGUGACCGAAGCCGCACCCAGGCGUGCCGUCACACCUGGCUCGGAUCCCACGGAUUGGGAGUGCCCUAGAGGCCACAUGAAGAAGGAGCCAUUGCAGCCUGGCUCCUAAACCACCAACCGGUCACUUCACACAGCACUGAGUCGACUGCGAGAUCCGAGUUAUCCCGUCAGUUGGUGACUUUACAGGCCACGGCUUUUAGCUCACCAUGAUAACUUUAAGCGCAUCAGAUUGUUUAUAGCGAGAAAAAUGCGCUGAAUCGUCGACCUCCCUCUCCUUUCCCAUUCCCAGCCAGCUGUCCUAAUCGGUCAGUUGACAGGUGCAGGGAAUGGCCGCGGUGGCUGACAUGGUCUAGUGACCUUGUCUGCGCGCGCCACAUGCACGACCUGGCACCCCAACAACAAGCACCAGGAUUUCUAACGACAGUGGCUGAGUGGCGUAUAUCUCGCAUGUGUGAGAGUGCCGUACGUCAAGUUGAGAAGGAGCCGUUUCAGCCUGACUAUCAGUCCACCAAACUGCCACUCCAUACAAGCACACAGACAACUGGACAGACUGCAUGGACUGAGUUGGGGCUUCAUUCAGCGGCCUCCCACGCCACAGCGCUUGGCGUGCCAUCAGCAACGACCUGCAACGCUGAAUGACUCAACUACGUGUGCCACUCAGGACUCAGUUCACAACUCUUCACGCGCCUUGCAUCCUUGGAGCGUCUUGGACCUCAAAUAAACGACCGCGUCACCAAUCCCCGCUAAGCGAUCUUUGGAGCCUGACCCUCGAUUCCAUGUACUGUCUAUCAGUGGGCAACUUCACCCAUGACGGGGCUGUUGGCUUUGUACACACGUACGCACCGUCUAGGAGCAGGAGGAUCAAGUCGUCCUGAAGUUGCCAGUCAGUCUUUCCAUAGAUUUCUGCCGGCGUUCAUACAUCGGCUGGCACCUUUUCACUGGACAUCUGACGCGCCUCUUCUAUCGUCUCCUGCAAAGACAGCAUCAGUUUCUCCCGGUGGGGAUUUAUCAGUGACUCUCACAGAUUGGGAAUAGACGAUUGAAGUCGCAUUUGGAGCUCUUGAUCUAGCAUUCCAAUAUAUGUGAUCAUUCCGACAUAAGUAAGGUAACUUUUGAACUGCUCCCCAGCUCAGUCUUGGUUAUCUCAAACGAAUAACUGAUUUCCUUGGACCUCUUUUAUGCUUGCGACGAAUCAUCUAUCAUGUAUGCCCCGAAGCUGCCGCUUCAAUGGGCGUCGAAGUCGGAGAAUCGAUACCCUGUUUGCGGCAGCGCUGUUUUUUAAUGCCCGCCUAUGGUAUUCCUUUUCCAUAUUUUUGUUUAGUUACAACCUUUAAUAGUUAUUCCAUUUGUUAAGAAGCUUUUUCUAAACUCGCAUUUAUCCGUAGUUGUUUAAGUUGGUACUUUUAGAGCAGUCACGCGGGACACUCCAUCUUAUGUGGCUUACACUCUUAUUAACUGACUUUUCACGCAUUGCCUUGGUUCUUCACUGUGCGGCGUUGACAUCUAAGCCCGUUCUGACGUGGCAGUCCAGCUUGGCUAUCCUUGAUUUCGUCAAAGCGUGGGACCGCAUAACUGCUCGUCUAAAUGCGCUAGAAGCUUUGUAAAUUUAAUGCAUGUCACUGAACAGGUUUUCUAUUGCUGCCUCCUCACCGCCUAACUGGUUCUAGUGUUAUUGAAGCGCAAGUCCAGGGUGGUGACGUUUUGAGCCUCCCGUGCGCGCGUAUCUUCGUGCACCGAAGUUGCAAAGGCUGCCCAAGAGACACAGACAGGAAGGCGCAAGGAUUGGUGUGGAACUUUUCUCUCACAGAGCCCUGAUAUGUCCUUAGGAAAGAGCGGGUAUUGGUGAUCGGGAUGAGUUUUUUUACUUUAGGCAAAGGAUGCAUGUUCAAAUCACGCCGGGGUCACCGAUUUUUUAGCGCCUCGGUGGUGGUUAUAUUUCGAAGUGUUGAGAAGUUAGAUCUAGUAUCUGAUAUCGGAACAAAACAGAGAACAAUGGGAGGCGGGGUUUGUUUUGUACAGAACCCCUUUUGCUCUAUUUUUUUCUUUCUCUCUCUCUCCAUCUCUAUCCCUACCCCCGUCUCUCCCUCUCUCUCUCUCUCUCUGUCUCAGGUAUACGCUGGCGCUGUCGGCACAUGUCCCGGUCACGCAGCGACAUUGCUACCUGGAAAAACAAUGCGCUUAGUACCGCUGACGGAGUGAAACACUGCACGCUGCUCAAGAACGGACUGUGUGCGAUGUUAUGGCCCUGAAAGGUCCACAGUGAAGGCGUCCUCUCUGGCCAAUCGUGGCAGUCUACGAAAUACGCACUCACGAAAGCCUGCGGUUGACAACCACCGGCUACACAGCACCAGCACCUGAGCCACUCCAAAACAUCACUUAUCGCCACGCAGCGCAAGCACUCAAUUCCCACCUCCCAGGCAAUUCGAUAGUGUGCUUCUGGGCUCCUUCUCCAAGUGGCUCCUCUGCGGCACGUGUGGUCCGAGUUUGAGACCAUCACGGUGCGGCAAACACCUUGGCUUGAAUGCUGUUGACUGACGUCCCACCUCAGUCCACGCAGUCUGUCCAGUUGUGUGUGUUUGUGUUGAGUGGCGGACUGAUGAACUGAGAGUCAGGUUGUCACGGACCUCAGGCAAUCUCACGCAUGUUAGGAGUGUGUGUGUCUUACGACUAGUGCCUCUAAGUCAAUGAUUGACUGGUUACCCGGCCUUCUGAAGGAUGAUGGCCGAGGCUGGGUGUUUCCCUUCAGCGCCAUCAGGUGUGUUGGCGUCUGCUAUGUCAAGUCAUGGCCUCGAGGCCUGAUGUGCACUGGCCGUUAUCUGACAACUGGUUAGAUGCGUUUGCACUCCCGCUGGCUAUGCAGGACGUGUGCAUGGCUGCCCAGUCAUCCUAGUCUUCCUGAUCCGUCUUUGCACUCUUGUUAGUUUAAAUUCUGAUCAAGUGUUUGUUGUGGACCAGGAGGCGGGAUAUUUCGCCUAUUUGCAGGUCCAGCCUGUAUUCUUGACCAUGUCUUGGCACCGAGCCUAGGUGGGGAGGCGGAGGGAGUGCGGCAGAUACUGCGUAAGUCAACCCUCACUACAGACUAAUUUACGCGCGUCACCUUGCCUGUUUUCACCCUGCUGUGGGAUCGUCGGGCGCAACGGUCGCGCUGUCAAGACAUACAAAAUGACCGGCCAACAGAGUGGUCCGUCUGGAGUUUUAAGUGUCUGGCUUCAUUUUCACUCGUCGCGCAACGCCCCGUCAGUACAGCCUUUGAUGCCACUCAUGAAGGUCACGUGGUUAUUUUUCAUUUCAAAUCCCCGUCUACCUGCAUUUGCCAAAUUGGGGCGGUCGAGGGUAUCGAAACACUGUUGACGAGAGGACAAGAUGAAAUAGGGAAUGCAUCCUGGGGUGCACAAAUACGCUAGUUUGCGAAGUUUCGUCCCUGAGCGCAUCUGACGUUUAACAGAAGGACAAGAACACGCCUGUAACUUCACUGAUUUCUGAUUCCUGGUCGCUGUAGUCCCGCGACGACUGCAGCCACGGACCAAAAUACUGCGCUCAUCCUGUGGUGUUAACACUCAAAGAGUAUCCCAAAGACGUCUUUCCUGGAGAAGGAGGGAGGAGGAGGAGGAGGAGGAGGGGGGGAUGAGGAGGAGGGGGGAGGAGAAGGAGCCUUUUUUGUAGUUUGCAACUAGUCUACUGGUCGCUUUCAUGCGCGACCGUCACAAAAAUACCGUCAUAAAUCGUUGCAUAUUAUUUACCUUGUAUGCCAGCACACGGGGAUUGGCGGGGGACGCGCUAAUUAGCAGCAUGCAGCGACAUAAAAUCGGGGAAACAGUUGUGUCUGGGCUUUUGGCAAGUGCCCAUGCAUCCGACGGCAAUCCGAAGGAUGUUGGCAAACGGGAAACCCACGCGUAAACAAUGCUCGCGAGGGCUAUAUCGUUGGUUCUAAUAGCCGAGUAAUCACAUGCAAACACUAGGUAAUGAAAUUGCAGCAAUUAGCAACCCGGCUGCGUGCUACGAAACCAUUAUCGCACGGAGUACGACAGUCUAUGAUGAAACUGUGGACUGGCUGCGGCGUACCUGCACUCAAGAUGGCAUUACCGACAAAGACAGGGGAGACUGGAACGGCCAUUUCUGGCCUAUUAGCCGUCGUCAGCCAGUCAUAGCCAACCCCGAAGUGUAGAACACCUGGGACUCCAUCCUGCGACCUGUUGGUUAGAAGUCGAACGUCUAUAAAGACUGAGCUACGGACUCGUUGUCCUGUCACUUCUGAUCGGGAAUAUGCAAUGGCAUAGGGGGACGCUCACCGAUCGUUUUGUUUGUGAACCUCACUCUUCACGUUGUGCCUUAGGGCUCUCUCUCUCGAGAGACCAACCAGCAGCCGUACAGUGGCGCGUGAUAUAGGCUAAUAAACCAGAAAUAUCCAUUCUAGUCUUCAUGGUCUUUAUCGGUAAUUUCGGCAACACCACUCUGCCUAUAUUAUGCGCCGCUGUGCGGCUGCUGGGUGGUUUCGAGAGAUAUAGGGAGAGCCAUAAGGCACAACGGGACGAGUGAGUUCCGUAUAAACGAUCGGUGAGCGUCCCUCUACCAUUGUAUCUGCUCUCCUAUGUAUCCUGAUAAUGGGUUCGAGAGUGAAUCUGAAUUUUCAGGAAAAUAAAAGACCUAUCCAAACGAUCAAGUCUCAUAAAUUUCACCUCGCUGGUGGCUGGCCAAUCAGAUAUCGAACUAGCCACGAUGUCCAAUGAACAAUAAACCCAACGCUUGUAGCCGCACGAAUAAACACGUGCCAUUAAUCAUGCUUGCCCUUGUAACCCUAUACAUCUAGCUGCAAAUAAAUCAGAUGAUUGGUCCAAGUAUUACUCUGAAACAUAAAGCUUCUAUGUUUCUUCCUUUAAUGACUAAGUACACUUCGCCGAUACAAGCAAAGACGCGAGUUCCAUGAACUAGUUGAUAAGAAGAAGGAGCGAUCGCUGGAACAAGUGCUUUAUUCGCCUGACGUUUCGGAUUCUCAAUUGAACCCCUCAUCAGAGACAGUGGCAGAAACGGGUGAUUCCUGCACAGGAAGUUGCAGUAUUUAUAGGAUCCAGUGGUUAUGGUACCGCAUGCCUAUAGCAAUUAACCGCACCCCUUCAUCAAGGAUUGUUGCCCGCUGGUGCGCAAAUUGCUUGGUGGCGGGCAUGAAAGUUGCUAAUUGCUGAAAUCUCAUCACCCGUGUUGGAUGCUGGUGGGAUGAUGCCUCGGACAUCUGGCUCACGGGCUUGCGCGCUCCCGGAGUGGUCAAAUUACUUUGGCCAGCCUAUGCCCCCUCGGCACUUAAGCACACUUCAUUGAGAGGUAUGCAAGCUGAAAUUAGAGGAUCAUCCACUGUGUAUGAGGCGUAAAAAUGAGCAAAUUUCGGAAGAUGCUAAGCAGUGGUUGGAUUUAGAAAUCAGUAGAAGGCGCUUAGGUCUUAAUUACAGCAGCAAGCCCAUUUAACGUGGAUGGGUUUGCGGUGUUAUGUGUAGAGUUUUUAGCUUUCGAAGUCAGUCUAUGCAGCUUUACUCCAAAGGAUUUAGUCGAGGCACACUCAUUAAUUUCCUAAGAAAUGAAAACGAAUAGUGAUAAACUAAGUUUUUCGUCGUAUUACACUGUGCUGACGCCCUUUGACGGGAGAGGAGAUAUUCACAGUUUGAUUCGAGACCGUCGAGUUCGAAAAAAUACAUUUUUUGCCAGGCAGUCUGUGACGACGACGACAACGACAACGACAGUGAUGAUGAAAAGAAGAAAGAAGAAUAAGAAGAAGAAGAAGAAGAAGAAGAAGAAGAAGAUGAUGAUGAUGAUGAUGAUGAUGAUGAUGAUGAUGAUGAUGAUGAUGAUGAUGAUGAUGAUGAUGAUGAUGAUGAUGAUGAUGAUGAUGAUGAUGAUGAUGAUGAUGAUGAUGAUGAUGAUGAUGAUGAAGGAGGAUAG